UAACUUUCAGAGGCAAACAGGAAGAACUGUGGAGCGCUCGACUGCAUGGUUUCACUUUGACCCAAUGCUAACAGUACCUGGAAAUCUGCUGACUACUCCCUGCAGUUGAUCAUGGACUUCGUGGAUCCCAUCCUGUCAGUUGCUGAAAGGAUCUACACGCUGGUGGAAAAUGUUAAGGCCAAUAAAAAGCGUUGCUCUCGUGUUGUGAAGCGCGUAAAGGCCUUGGAGGGCCUGGUAAAAUCAAUCAAACAGAGGGAUGCAGUCGAUCACUCUGCUGAGGUGGAGAACGCCCUGAGAGGUCUGUCAUUCACUCUCACAUCCGCUCAGGAGCUCAUUGAGAAAUACACUUCGGCAAACUUGGUGAAGCGUAUCCUGAAGUCAAGCAGCCAUGGAGAUGAAUUUAACAGCGUGAAUGAACGACUCAAUGAUGCCUUCUCAAGCCUGUCAUUAGCUCUGCAGUUAGAGCAUGGAAACGAAGUCUUCAAGGUGUUUGACCUGAUAUCCAGGCAGAAGGAAGAUGAAGUCGACAGCAAGGAAGAUGAUGCAGAAUUAAAGAGAAUGCUGAAGGAAUACGGGGAAUACGUGGAGACCAUGCAAAGAGAUCUUGAAGAUAUCAAAUCCAAUGUAAUAAAAAUCGUGGAGAUGUUGAAUAAGCCCAGAAUCCUAACCAUGGACAUCCGAAUAAUUAAACCAGAGGAACUGAAGAAUGUAGAAACAGAGCCAUUCAUGACUACAACAACCUCAAAGGUCUACAAAGGAGAAUUUGGUGGCUUCAUGGUGGCUAUCAAGAAAUACAGUGGAGCUACCAAUACAAAACCAAGGGAGAUAAAGUCCAUCUUCGAUAAGGAGGUUGACAACAUGAAACGGUUCGAAUCACCCAACAUCCUCCGCAUGUUUGGCAUCUGCAUCCAAGGGGAGAACACUUCAAAUCCGGAGUUCCUCGUCAUCAUGGAGUACUGCAAAAAUGGAAGCCUGCGAGAUUUUCUGAAUUCCAAACAUGAGCUGUUAUGGACCAGGAAGGCUUCCAUGUGUCUGGAUGCAGCACAGGGACUUUACCGGCUCCAUCUGUCUGAGGAAGUAAGCAAGCUUCAUAUGGGCAUCACCAGCAGCAAGUUCCUCGUGGACGAGAACUACAGAGUGAAGCUGGGAGGCUUAGAACUGGCCAAAACAGAGACCUCACUAAAAAGGACGGCUAAGGACAAAGAGAAAGAUAAAGACAUCAGCUCAGUGUGCUACUCUUCCCCUCAGCAGCUGGGCAACAUCAACCACACCUACAGCAAGGAGUGUGAGAUCUACAGUUUCGGUUUACAGUUGUUCCUGACUAAGGACACGAUCUUCAAAGACUGUGGCGGUGAUGAUAAUAUCAUUUAUAAAAAGGUGUUUGAGGAAAAAUAUCAGGAGCCUCUCCCUGCUGAUUGCCCUGAAUCGCUGGGAGAGCUGAUUACUGACUGCAGGGCUUAUGAAAGCUCCGAGAGGCCGUCUGCUGGAGUGUUGGUGGAUAAACUGCGAAGUGUGUUGGUACAGUUGGAGAAACGCUGAUCGCCUUCAUCUUUCCCACCGCCGUCACAAUGUCUUCAGCUAUCAUAUUCUGGGUUUUUUUUAUGAUCCUACACUACU